AUGAGGUCAUACAACUUGACAUUAGAUGCUAUGAACUUUAACAACAACUUCACAACAACCAUUAACCCUGAAAUGCAAAAUUCUAUUAUGCCAUAUGUGAAAGUAUGGACUCAUACAGGAGGUCAAAAAACUCAAUAUACAAAUGGAGACCGUUCAAACUUUUGGCUUGGCAUUCCAUUUGCUGACUCAGAAGACUUUAUGGGUGGUAUUUCAACUGUUGGUACAGUUCAAAUACAAUAUACUGGUGACAGAGACGGUCCAGAUGAAUUGAAAGCAAAGAAGUUUACAAAACCAAUAGCACUUUUCACGGAAGAUGCUCUUUUGAAGAUUCGUUCGAUGAAACCUGCUGGGGCUCCUCAGAUUGGCAUAACGACAGCUUCCAUCGAGCAGAUUUUGGCAGCAGGUCAGUAA